AUGAUUAAGCAGACAACAGUGACUUCGCACGAAACAGAUAAGUUUAAUCCUGUAAUUAUUCAACAAGUACAAGAUAUUAUUGUGGUCUGGCUGGACAACCAUAUUCACAGCAGUAAUCAAGACUGCCGGAAUGUAAUUACUCAGCUUCAACUUGUUGUCAGUGAUGUUCAUACUUUUACUGAUAACGAUCAGUGCAUUGAAUUUAUUGUCGAUAACAUCGACACAGAAGUAUAUCUACUCAUUUCAGGAUCGCUUGGCCAAAAUAUUGUACCCUGCAUACAUGAUAUCUCCAAUAUCAACUCUAUUUUCAUCUUUUGCAACAAUCAAAAUCGACACGAACGCUGGGCUAAAAACUGGUUGAAGGUGAAGAGUGUUUCUAUUGACAUUAUUCAUAUUUGUCAACAAUUAAGACAAAUCGUUCGUCAUAAUGAACUCAAUACCAUACCUAUGAGCUUUGUGAAAUUUGACAAAAGAUUAGAUCAAUUAGAUCCAUCAUUUAUGCACACGCAGAUUAUUAAAGAAAUAUUAUUAACCAUAAAAUUUGAAGGCAAACAUAUAAAAGAAUUCGUCGACUAUUAUUGUGAUAAAUUUGUUCAUAACGAAAUUGAUCGAAAGAAAGUAAAACAAUUGGAAUCUAGAUAUCGUUGUGAAACGCCCAUUUGGUGGUAUACAUCACAGAGAUUUUUGUACGGUAUGUUGAAUCGUGCAUUACGAGUGAUGGAUGGCGAAGUGAUCACACUAAUGGGCUUUUUUAUCAGUGAUCUCCAUCGACACGUUGAACUACUGCACAGGCAACAGUUUGGAGACGUCCCUAGUGCUAAAAGCUUCACAGUUUAUCGUGCUCAAAGUUUGGCAAGAAAAGAUUUUGAUGAAUUGGUAGCAUCCAAAGGUGGAUUGUUGUCAUUCAAUAACUUCUUGUCUACUAGUAAGAACCGCAAGGUCUCCCUCUUUUAUCUUCCAGAAAAUCAAAAGAACAGUGACCUUGUAAAUGUUCUUUUUGUAAUGGAAAUUGAUCCUAAACAAUCAACUGCAACGUUCGCUUCCGUUCAAUCCAUCAGUCAAUAUCCGGAGGAAGAAGAAAUUCUCUUUUCGAUGCACAGCAUCUUUCGCAUAGAUAAUAUCAAGGCAGUUGAAGAAAAUGAAGAAGUGUAUUUAGUAAACCUAUCGUUGAGUAAUAGUGAUGAUGAAGAAUUGAGAGUACUUACUGAGCAAAUCCGAAAAGAAAGUUGUCCAGGUGCAAAAGGAUGGGAGCGCUUAGGUGCUGUGCUAACGAAUAUAGGCCACUUAGGUAUUGCUGAACGAAUCUGUAGAUCACUGGUUAAUGAAAGACCAUCUACAGACGGUAUGGAAAAUGUUUAUAACCAACUUGGCACGAUAAAAUUGUAUCAAGGACAAUAUGAAGAGGCUAUAACACUAUUCGAAAAAUCUCUUCAACUGCAACUACAAUCACUUCCUUCCAAUCAUCCAGAUGUAGCUUCAUCCUACAACAACAUCGGUGCAGUGUAUUCUCACAUGGGUGAAUAUUCAAAAGCACUAGUUUCACAUGAAGAGGCCCUCAAAAUUAAACUACAAUCACUUCCUUCGAAUCAUCCAGAUGUAGCUUCAUCCUACGGCAACAUUGGUAAUGUGUAUUCUGACAUGGGUGAAUAUUCAAAAGCACUAGUUUCAUAUGAAGAGGCCCUCAAAAUUGAACUACAAUCACUUCCUUCGAAUCAUCCAGAUGUAGCUUCAUCCUACAACAACAUCGGUGCAGUGUAUUCUGACAUGGGUGAAUAUUCAAAAGCACUAGUUUCACAUGAAGAGGCCCUCAAAAUUAAACUACAAUCACUUCCUUCCAAUCAUCCUUCUGUAGCUUCAUCCUACGGCAACAUUGGUAAUGUGUAUUAUCGCAUGGGUGAAUAUUCAAAAGCACUAGUUUCAUAUGAAGAGGCUCUCAAAAUUGAACUACAAUCACUUCCUUCGAAUCAUCCUUCUGUAGCUUCAUCCUACGGCAACAUUGGUAAUGUGUAUUCUGACAUGGGUGAAUAUUCAAAGGCACUAGUUUCAUACGAAGACGCUCUCAAAAUUCAACUACAAUCACUUCCUUCCAAUCAUCCUUCUGUAGCUUCAUCCUACAACAACAUCGGUGCAGUGUAUUCUCACAUGGGUGAAUAUUCAAAAGCACUAGUUUCACAUGAAGAGGCCCUCAAAAUUAAACUACAAUCACUUCCUUCGAAUCAUCCAGAUGUAGCUUCAUCCUACGGCAACAUUGGUAAUGUGUAUUCUGACAUGGGUGAAUAUUCAAAAGCACUAGUUUCAUAUGAAGAGGCCCUCAAAAUUGAACUACAAUCACUUCCUUCGAAUCAUCCAGAUGUAGCUUCAUCCUACAACAACAUCGGUGCAGUGUAUUCUGACAUGGGUGAAUAUUCAAAAGCACUAGUUUCACAUGAAGAGGCCCUCAAAAUUAAACUACAAUCACUUCCUUCCAAUCAUCCUUCUGUAGCUUCAUCCUACGGCAACAUUGGUAAUGUGUAUUGUCGCAUGGGUGAAUAUUCAAAAGCACUAGUUUCACAUGAAGAGGCUCUCAAAAUUGAACUACAAUCACUUCCUUCGAAUCAUCCAGAUGUAGCUUCAUCCUACAACAACAUCGGUGCAGUGUAUUCUCACAUGGGUGAAUAUUCAAAGGCGCUAGUUUCACAUGAAGAGGCCCUCAAAAUUAAACUACAAUCACUUCCUUCGAAUCAUCCAGAUGUAGCUUCAUCCUACAACAACAUCGGUUUGGUGUAUUCUCACAUGGGUGAAUAUUCAAAAGCCUAUUUAUUUUACAAAGACGCUCUUCAAAUUGCGCAGCAAGUACUAUCAGUAACACAUCCUCAUUUUCAAGUGUAUAAAAGAAAUUUUGAGUCUGUAUAA